UUGUAACAAGAGAAAUGAAGAUGUCCUGUGGAUUUGUGGUACUGGUAGCCAUGCUGGUGUGUCACCAAAUGACAUGUAUUCAUGCGUCUUACAGCGGACAUUUAUAUCAGUAUGAUGUCAAACCUUUGGAGGGCACGUUCAGGGUGAAAGGGGGCAGUAUUAUCAGUGACUGUCUCUUUCCCUCUGACUGCAAAGUCGUUCAGAAUUGUGGCAAAACAUUGAGCGGUGUGUACCGAGUGUUUCCCUUCGGAGUGGAAAAGGGUUCCUUGUGUACUGUGACAUGGUGACAGACGGCGGUGGAUGGCUGGUGUUUCAACGACGACAAGAUGGUACUGUGGACUUUUACAGGAAUUGGCAAAGUUAUAAAAACGGUUUCGGCAAUCUGUACGGAGAAUUCUGGUUGGGACUGGAGAAAAUGCAUCUCUUGACAUCACAGCGUCAUUACAAAUUGCUAAUCAACCUUGAAGACUUUACUGGGAAAAGUGGAGAAGCUGCGUACAGCAGAUUUCGUAUAUCGGGGGAGAAAGAAAAGUUUCGGCUGAUGGUGGGAGCCUAUUCAGGCACAGCAGGCGAUGCAAUGACCUACCAUGAUGGUUACCAAUUCAGCACCUUUGACAGUGACAACGACGGCCGGGUGGAAGGUAACUGCACAGCCAUAGAUUACGGUGCUUGGUGGUACAACGACUGCCAGCAAAGUAACCUGAACGGGGAGUAUGUCCACCCCGGCGGGACACCAAGGUCGACGUAUUCCGGACUGGCGGGAUAUACGUGGCAAAAGGCUUAUGGAAAUGUGCAGUUCACCGAGAUGAAGAUUAGGCCAGUUGGAAGUGCUUGACGUCAUCUACACAGUUCUGGGGACGCUAUGCUUCACUUAAGCACGGAAUCUCUUUUUAUCUUUAUGGUUUAAAUGUAUAUACAAACAAAGACUUCACGCGUCGAGGAAGACAUUCGGAUAACAGCCGCUCGAGGUCAUCAUAAUCAUAAAGCCAAUCUCCAAGACAUAUAACAUGGGCAUAUUACAGUUAAAAAUGUUUUACUGCUAUUUUUUGUCUAAAUAGUGAAUAUGGGGCCAAACCACUGCCACAUUAGCAAUUUAAAAGACUCACAGCAUAGAUGGGGGUCUCCGUGGCUGAGGUGGUUUGAAUGCCAGCGCAGCUCAAUGACCCAGGAGCCUCUGGCAAAUGCGGUCGUUGUGAGUUCAAAUCUUAUGCUGGUCCUCCAGCAACCUGCGGAUGAUCAAGGCGUUUUCAUCCUCCCAUAAUAAUGCUGUCCGUCGUCGUAUAAGUGAAAUACUCUUGAAUUCGGCGUAUAACAUCAGUAAAAUCAAUAAAUAAAUAAAUGAACAACGGCCCUCAACAAUGUCGUCAGGAUACAGUGUAGUUCUGAGCUGUGCGACAUUGCUCAGAGAGGUCCCAAAACUGUGUGAGAGUUGUCAUAUCUGUUCCUAGA